AUGCCGCCUCACGUGCUCGUGCGAGCGGCUCAUAGCAAAGAGCAGGAGCAGGAGACCCUUCCUGCUCCUCUCCUCUCCUUCUUCUUCUGCCUCGCCUUCCUCGUCUUGGUCUCACACCUCGCCAACUAUCUCGAGGCCUACAAACGGAGACUCGUAAAGUUUCUUCUUCUCCCCCUAGAGACUCCGCCAGACCAUCACGACGGGCCUGGAGAUGACGAGCAGCUUUAUUGUCAUUUCUCGGAGAAAGACUUUGAUCGCGUCCUCCCCGUCCAUCGAUUCCACUACGCUCCUCGCACGGGUGACAAUCCAUUUGCCGACAUGUCUGCGUCGCAAUACGCCCUAGACAGCGAUAAACGCAUCCUCUACCAUGCCCAAGUCACUCUGGGAUGUAACGGCCUGCGAGACCUCUUCAGCCUAGGGUUCAUGCGCCAGGACACUCUAGAGAGGAGAAUCAACGCCGCCGGCAAGAAGAUUAUCCUGAACAGCAUUGUCUCUGUCAGUGCCGUCUGGCUUCGCGAGAAGAUCUGCCGUGCCUACUCUGCCCCUACCAUGGUGCUGCCCUCACUCAAGGAGCUCUGUCUCUUCCUCGACGGAAAAGGCUGCUCGCGAGACAUGUGCUGCCAGAUCUUCUACGAGGCCUUCCAGAAGGCUGACCCGAACCACGCCGACAAGAUCGCGCUGCCUGUCGGCAGUAUCGUCUUGACCAGUUUCCGUGCUGUCGUCGACCACCUAUACGAUCAUUGGCAGCAGUGGCUUCUGGAAGCUGCAGGCCCAAAGCAAACUCCAGAAAAGAAGGUUCCUGCCAUUGAAACCUCGGGCCAUUUUCCUGCCCCGAAGGAGGUUCAGCAAAAGGCCAAGGACGGAAAGCUGCCCUAUCCCGCCUACAACCACGAGCUUGUCCGGAUGUCCGCGGAUGAGUAUAAUCUUCGUCUUCAGGCAGGCCUUGAACAGCUUCACAAGGACCAGGAACCGCCCCCCAGCCAUCGCAAUGGCAGUGUCUUUCAUGGAAACAGGGCACCGAUUGGACACUGCCCCCCCUAUGAUAUCGGACGCGCCAGCUCUUGGGGCUCUCAGCCCGACCAGUCCGAAAGAUGCGUCACUCGACUCCAAGACUGCGUGUGCAAAUCUUGCCACGUCAAAGGUUGGCUUUCUCGUAUACCCAAAGGGGGAGCUGAAGACCAAGACUUAAAUACCGGUACCCUAGGUCACCCAGUCAACGAGAAUGAAAACCUGGCCAUGACCGCGAAGCGAGCGGCCUUGCUGGCCAAGAUUGACCGGCUCACCAAGCGUCACCGCGAUCCUUUCUUCUCCGAAACCGACUCUGAGGACGAGAGAACACAGGAUCCGGAGCCGCUCGUAUUCGGACCCAAGCUACCGCAAGUGUCACAUCCAGAACAUGACGGCAAUGGAGGAAAAGAAAGUAAGGGUGCGGAGAGUGCAUUUUCGUGCGAUCUGAUCUGUUUUGAUAAGGAUGGCAUUGGAGUGGGCGAAGUUGAUCAUUUCUUGGCAGAUGUUGAAGUUUCUCCUGCGGGAGGAGAUCAGAGUCCGGCUACAGCACCGGAAGUCGAAGGCGGGUCUCACAAUGAAGAGAGACUGGGCGAGGAGCCCGACAUGGAAGUCUCUCUGCUCGACGGCUCUCCACAGAAGGGCAACAUACAAAGCCUUCCAUCAGGGCUCACGGCGGAUAUUCAGAUUGGUUGCAUCAAGCCGAUGCGCAGGGAUCCCCCGUACGGCCCUGUCGUCCAUGACUUGUUUUAUGCCCGGGACAACGUCUGGGUCCAGCAAGUGAAGCGCUCCACUGCUCUUGAGAUGUGGGAUGUCACUGAAAACUCGGACUCGAAGGAUGGCGACCAGCCUUCGACAUGA